AUGGCUCCCGCUGGAUUGCUCAAUUCCUUCCUCGCGGCCAUCCAGGCCAGCUUGUCCGUCUUGCUUGUCGUCUUCUAUGGCGUCCUCACAGCAAAGUUCAAGCUGCUGGACGGCUCAACCGGCAAGGCGAUAUCGAAAGUAUGCGUCAAAGUCUUUCUUCCAGCUCUCCUUCUCACCAAGAUCGGGUCUGAGUUGCACGCCGGCUCUGCGCAACGCUAUCUCAUCAUUCUCAUAUGGGCCUUCAUCUGUCACAUCAUUUCAUUCCUAAUUGGCAUAUCCGCACACCUGCUCCUCAAGUUCCCAGAUUGGAUCACCGCCGCCAUCAUGUUCAACAAUACUACCUCAUAUCCGCUCCUCCUUAUCGUAUCAUUGGAUGAAACGGGCAUUUUGAGCAAUCUAAUCGUCACGGACGAAUCAUCAAAAGCCGCCAUUGAACGAGCAAAAUCGUACUUCCUCGUCUUCGCCACCGUCUCCAGCUGCCUCACUUUUGCCGUCGGUCCACGAUUGAUGGAUUCAGAGCACGCAUAUGAGCCAGAUCCAGACGACAAGGACUCCUCCGAUGAGAUCGAAGACGAUGACGAAGCCAUUUCCCCCACGCACGAAACGGAGCAAACAUCUCUCCUGCGCGUCCCAGAUCACACCCGUCGCAGAACUUCCGUCGUUCCCACGACCUUCUUCCCCACUCGUCAACGCGAGAACUCAGCCAACAUCAGCUUCAACCGGCGUCCCUCGUACAUCCCUAAACGCCGCUGGUACAACUUCGGCCCGCGAACGCAAUGGUGGCUGCUUUUCCUCUACGACUUCUUAAAUGCACCUUUACUAGGUGCCGUCGCUGGUGCGAUCAUCGGCCUUGUCCCACCACUCCAUCGCGCCUUCUUCUACGACACCUACGAGGGCGGCAUUUUCAGCGCCUGGCUGACCGCUUCUUUCAAAAGCAUCGGGCAGCUAUUCGUACCCCUCCCUUUACUUGUAGCAGGCGUCUCAUUGUAUCUAUCCCGCGUCGCCGCAAACUCGCCGGACGGGCCCCGGGAAGCCAAACUGCCCUGGCUCACGACACUGUUCGUACUAGUCAUCCGCUUCGUAGUGUGGCCUGUGGCAUCAAUUUCGGUGAUCUACGCGCUGGCGAGUAAGACGAAUGUGCUAGGGGACGAUCCGAUGUUGUGGUUCACGAUGAUGCUGAUGCCGACGGGGCCGAGUGCGAUGAAGUUGAUUACAAUGGUGCAGGUUAGUGACGCAGAUGAGGCGGAUGAGCAUAAGAUUGCGAAGAUUUUGACGAUAUCGUAUGCUAUAUCGCCAUUCCUCGCGUUUACCGUCGUAGGUGCGUUGCGAGCAAGCGUCGCCGCAAUUGGAUCAUAG